AUGAAGGAUUUCGAUCCAUUCUCCGAUCUUUUAUCAUCCACAACUUUUGCUCCAUUUUUCCAACCAACAACCGAAGACUAUGACUCGCGUGAUCAUCUCGACAUUCCGUGUGCAAAUUUCUCAGGAUAUUGUGUUUUGACUUGGGAAUGUAUGAACGUCGAUAGAUAUCCAUUCACGGGUCUGGUACUGAAUCAGAUAAUUUCCGGGAUAAAUAUUGGAAUGGGUGUUUCGAUGACGAUGCUGGGAAGUGGGAUAUCGAUGAAUCGUUUCUUUGCUGUUUAUUUCGAUGGACUUUUGUAUUAUAAAAUGCAAAAACUAGCUUUGCCACAUGCGACUUUUCUGACAGCGAUGCCAGUGGGAGUGUAUUUGGCUCAAUUAGUGCUCACUCAUCUCAUUGCUAUCGGUUUCUAUGCGGCGAAAAAGUUGAUGACCGAUACGAGAGAAUUGCCAAUUUUCUAUUAUUUAUUUCUCGAGUUGACCCCGUUUCUUAUGCAUUCCGCACUAGGCCUCGUUGUGAUCAUCUUCAAUUUGCCAUCAAAAAAAGAGAAAACGACCGCAAUUAGCUCGAUAAUAACACCCACUUCA